AUGUUUGUGACGGAUUUUGUGGCCCCCAGGAUAGGCUACUUGCCUUUGUUGAUUUCGCUUUUGAAGCCUCACUUCAGCACCGCGCUUCCCCCUGGAGUUGACACCAUUUGGUUUGAAUACAAGGGCCUUCCUCUUAAGUGGUAUAUACCCACUGGUGUUCUUUUUGAUCUUCUAUGCGUGGAGCCCGAGAGGCCGUGGAAUUUGACGGUACACUUUAGAGGAUAUCCAAGUAAUUUGGUGCUUCCCUGUGAAGGUGAAGACAACGUGAAGUGGAGCUUUAUAAACUCAUUGAAAGAGGUCAGUUGUGUGAUUUCUUGUGUGUGUGCAUCGAAUUCUGACGGUACUUGUUUGAUUAAUAACAUGAUACUUUAUGCCUAUAUCACUUGA